AGAAAAGUUUUGACGUUUGGAAAGAGAAAAGGGAAGAAAACACAGAGCGGCUUUUAAAUUUUGAUUUUUGUGUGUGUGAGAGAGAGAGGAAACAUCCACGCCCAUGGAAGUGGAGGACUGGGAUUUGAGCGCAGAGGACCUCGAUUCUCUCGAAAGAGACGCUUUCCAGAAAAUUGCUCAGCUGCGCAACCCUUCUGCAACCCCCAAACCCCUUCACCAAACUGUUGCUACUUCAUCCCAAGGAGCAAGUACGUCAUUGAAACCAGGGACAAGCAACGCUCCAUCUGUUGCAGACAAAAACUCAAAAGAGCUGCCGAAGUUUUCGGUAAAAUUUUUUCUUCAUUCCAGUGGAAAUGUUGCUGCGAAGUUUCAGUAUGACCAGGUAGUAGUUGCUGCUUUUCGUAGAAUCCCCAAGUCUUCUUGGAAUGCAAAAGAACGGUUAUGGAUGUUCCCACUAUCUUCCUUGUCCGAAGCAGAAAAGGUACUUGGAGAAAUAUCUGGUUAUAAUGUUCAGGUGGAAAACUUAGAUUCGUUAGUGCAACGUGCCAUUGCAGCAGCAUCUGCAGUUCCAGAUCUCCAAGAUCGGUACCACAAGAUCCCUAGUUAUAUUGAAACAAAGCUAUUACCAUUUCAGCGAGAAGGUGUUAGGUUUAUAUUGCAGCAUGGAGGACGUGUUCUCUUAGCAGAUGAAAUGGGGCUUGGGAAAACUUUGCAGGCCAUUGCUGUAGCUUCAUGUGUUCAGGACUCAUGGCCUGUUCUCAUACUUGCACCGUCUUCGUUACGCUUGCAAUGGGCUACUAUGAUUCAACAAUGGCUGAAUAUUCCUUCAUCAGAUAUUGUUAUUGUCUUACCUCAAACUGGUGGAUCAAAUAGAGGAGGUUUCAAUGUAGUAUCUUCAAGUGCCAAAAGCAGCAUUCGUCUGGAUGGACUAUUCAACAUUAUUUCAUAUGAUUUGGUGCCAAAGCUACAGAAUAUGCUUAUAACAUGUGACUUUAAGGUUGUGAUUGCUGAUGAAUCACAUUAUCUGAAAAAUGCUCAGGCAAAGAGGACAACUGCUUCUCUACCCGUCAUAAAGAAAGCUCAAUAUGCAUUAUUGCUUAGUGGAACACCUGCUUUAUCCCGACCAAUUGAACUAUUCAAACAGCUGGAAGCUUUGUAUCCUGAUGUAUAUAGGAACGUUCAUGAAUAUGGUAACCGGUACUGCAAGGGUGGAUUUUUUGGAGUUUAUCAAGGUGCAAGUAACCAUGAAGAGCUGCACAACUUAAUGAAGGGAACAGUGAUGAUUCGCAGGCUUAAAAAGGAUGUUCUUUCUCAACUUCCCGUAAAACGCAGGCAACAGGUCUUCCUAGACUUGGCUGACAAGGACAUGAAGCAAAUUAAUUCUUUAUUUCGAGAGUUGGAGAUGGUAAAAGCCAAAAUUAAGGCAUCCAAAUCACAAGACGAGGCUGAAACACUCAAGUUUACUCAAAAAAAUCUUAUUAACAAGAUAUAUACUGAUUCUGCAGAAGCCAAGAUUCCAUCUGUUCUUGAUUAUCUUGGAACAGUCAUUGAGGCAGGUUGCAAGUUUCUUAUAUUUGCACACCAUCAGCCAAUGAUCGAUUCAAUACACGAAUUUCUUCUUAAGAAAAAAGUGGGUUGCAUCCGAAUUGAUGGACGUACGCCUGCUGCAUCCAGGCAACAAUUGGUUACCGAGUUUCAGGAAAAAGAUGCUAUCAAGGCAGCAGUGCUAUCUAUUAAAGCUGGAGGUGUUGGGUUAACUUUAACUGCCGCCAGCACAGUAAUCUUUGCAGAAUUGUCUUGGACUCCUGGUGACAUAAUUCAGGCCGAAGACCGUGCUCAUAGAAUUGGCCAGGUGUCUUCUGUAAAUAUAUACUACUUGCUAGCAAAUGACACAGUUGAUGACAUCAUAUGGGACGUAGUGCAAAACAAACUGGACAAUUUGGGGCAGAUGUUAGAUGGCCAUGAGAAUGCCUUACAGGUCUCCGCCAAGGCCUCAGCUAGUCUGCCAGCAAAUAGUCCUUCAAAGCAGAAAACUCUAGAUCAAUUUGUGAGAAGAUGUGAUAACAUGGAUAUGUUGGAACACGAGCCCAAUCCCAAACGCCCCAGAAACUAACCAUUGAAGCGCAGGUGCUCAAAGUGGAGAAUAAUCGCAUGUUGGCACUCUUGCUCGUUCCAUGAGAAGGAAGGGCUUGUAUAGCUUGUUAGCACAAUUUGAAGCCUUAACUAUCAGCUGAUGCCGAAGGAACUUAACGGUUUUUUUAUUUUUGGAAUAUAUGGGAUGAGAAAUUGGAAAAGGUGAUCAGGUUUCCCAACAGAAUUUAGGCUUCAGAUUUUCUUUUAACGUCUUGUCCCUUUCAAUUGUUAUUGGGACUUGUAGAUAGUACAUUAUCAUAUGAAUGUAACAUGUAAAUUGCUUCACGCGAUACAGAUUUUAAUAUUGUUGCCAUGUCAUGUACGGUAUUUAAUUUUCUACUUAUAUAGGAACUUGAGUUUUGUAAAAGCUCUUUAUGAGUCUAGUCCUCCGAACGUGAUAUUGUUCACGUCAAUUGACCAAGGUUGGUUGUAUAAACCACACUGGAAAAAUUACAUCUCUUCCUUUUCAUUUUCUCCUUA